AGAGAGAGAGAGAGAAGGUUGCAAGCCCCAGGCUUGUGUUCAAGUGACCAAGAGGCAGGAUGGGCUUGUUGGGCGUGGACCACCUGAUUGCUCUGCAGAUUCUACCGGGCUUCUUCUCCAACUGCCUCUUCCUUGUGGUGUACGAUUCAGUGGUGCUGAUCAAGCAGGCGGUGGGUCUACUGAGCGGCUGUUCCCCAGCGAGUGGGGAAAGUGGUGGCCGCAGGAUGCUGACCAUGGUGGGCCUGCGGAUGGUGUGGAGGGGCUUCCUGCUGGACGCUCUGAAGAGGGUGAAGCUGGGCGGGGAAGCCCCGGAUGCUGAGGUGGUGCGUGUGAACGGCGGACCAGAGGAGGAGACCAUGGGGGUAGGCCGGGCCUACUGCAGGCUUCUGGACUUGGCCAGCCCGGGCCGCCCCCUGGUGGUCAACUUCGGCUCGGCCACGUGACCCCCCUUCGUGGCGGCCCUGCCCGCGUUCCGCCGCCUGGCGGAGGAGUACGCGGCGGCGGCGGACUUCGUCCUGGUGUACGUGGACGAGGCCCACCCGGCGGAUGGCUGGGCCGCCUGCUCGCCCUUCCAGCUGCCCCGGCACCGCACCCUGGCCGACCGUCUCUCCGCAGCCGCCCUGCUGCUCCGACACUUCCGCCUGGAGCCCUGGUGCCGGGUGGUGGCCGACUCCAUGGACAACCAGGCCAACCGGGCCUACGGCGUGGCCUCCGAGCGCUUCUGCAUCGUCCACUGGGAGAAGGUGGCCCAUCUGGGCGGCCGCGGGCCGUUCUUCUACAGCCUGGCCGGGGUCAAGACCUGGCUGGAGCGACACAGGGGAGGCCAGGAGUGAACGGUGGAGAGACCAUGGGCAGCCAGCGCCCCCCCCCCCCC